CUAUAUAUAGGGAAUAGGAUGCCAAUGUGAUUCUCACCAUCUUCUUCAUUCUACUUAGCCUGUUUCCUCUUCCUUAGUCUAUAAGACUGUCUGUGGUCUUAGUUCAAAUGUGCUGACUAUGCAUCCAGAACAUGUUUCUGUUAUUGUUUGCAGUUGAUUUGCCUGUGUUUCACCGUCCCCAUCUUCUGACACUUCAGUCGUAAUGGAUUUGGUUACAAGUAAAAGAAGAACCCAUGACUUUCAACUGGCUUAUUACGCAAUACAGGAUCUCAUUCACUUUGUCUGUAAAUAGAACACAAAGCAAUCGGGUACCUUUUUUGAGAGAAGUUAUGUUAUGAGUACUUAGCAUAAUGACCAAGCAUCUGACAAGAACAGUUGCCAUUGAGACUGAGCCAUUUUCAGGUAUCAUUCUGUAUUUUCAUGUUUUGAUUUCAUUCUGGAUGAAUCUCACCUGAGAGACUAAUAUAUAUGUAUGUUACAGGGAUUGUUUCAAAUUUACAGAUUUUUUUUAAUGUAAACAAUAAUAAUCUACAUUUUUGACUGCUCCUACCUGUGUAUUAAACCAUUGAUUACCUCUCAAAACGUGGAUGUGCAUAGCACAUUUUCACUCUUACAGAGUAGGCAUGAUUGAAACAACAAUGAGUCAGUUUUUACUUCAGAAAAUAUUUUUGGAUCAUUGGUUAUUUAUAGUUGAAAACAUAGGUGCCAAAUUCCCCUCCACUGGUAGAAAAGGGUUACCACAGCUUUAGACUUUGUGUGUUUCCUUUUGCUAGUUUAAAAUGCACGACACAAGUUCUCAGUAUAGAUUUGUCCCAGUGUGCCCCAGAAUAAGGAAGUAGAAUGAACUGACAAACCCCUUGCCUUCAGAGUCUAAUGAGAAUGGAAAAUACCAGUACGGUAAAGUCAAAGGAGCAGUACAUCCUCUAAACAAUGUAUUGUAGAGGGUUUUGGGCUUGAGUUACACUUGUAUCACUAUUUCAACUGACAAGGUCUGAACGCACUUCUGGGAAAUGGCUCAAAAUUGCCUCAAGUGUUUGAAAUACACCAUGUGUGUGGUUAACUUUGUGUGCUUUAUCUGUGGAACUGCAGGGUUUGGUUUUGGAGUGUUCAUGAUGAUGAACUCUAAGGUGUCGUCUCUCAUCCCAUCCCUGUCCUCCAUGAACAUUGCCAACAUGCUCUUCAUCAUUGGCAUCAUCAUGACCUGUGUGUCCUUCCUGGGGUUCCUGGGGGCCCUGAAAGAGAACCGCUGCCUCCUUGUCACUUUUUUCAUCCUGCUGUUCAUUCUGAUAUUGGUGGAGCUGACUGCAGCCUUUCUACUGCUUUUAUAUGAGAGCAAGAUUGGCAGCUUCCUACAGAGGGAUCUCACAGACAGUCUGGAGAAGUCCCGGGAAUCAGCUAAAGGUGGGAAUUCAACAAUGAGCACGGGUGACUGGGACAUCAUUCAGACCACGUUCCAGUGCUGUGGGGUCCAUAACUCAAGUGACUGGAAGGAUAAAAUGCCUGCGUCCUGCUGCUCCAAGACCCAAUGUGACAUCAAUCAGCCGGGUUGUUACAAUAAGCUGAAGGCCUGGUUUGAGGAGAACUUCCUAGCCACUGGAGUUGCUGUGAUUGUGCUCUGCGUUAUUGAGGUCCUGGGCAUGUGUUUUUCCGUGACUCUGUUCUGCCACAUAAGCCAGUCUGGACUCAGCUACAAAUGAUGAAAACGGCAUUUAUUUUUUUGUUUGUUUUUUGUAAUAUAAUCCCCUCUCUGUUUAUGCUCUCUAUGAUGUUUCAUUUCAUUACAUGCUAAAAGGCAGGCACUUUUUACAUUUGAGUCAUUUAGCAGACACUCUUAUCCAGUGACUUACAGGAGCAAUUUGCUCAAGAGCACAUCGACAGAGUUUUCACCUAGACAGUUUGGGGGUUCUAACCAGUGUCCUUUUUGUCUUCUUAACAGCUAUGCUACCUACCUGCACUUUUGAAUGCUAUGUAAUACUAUUGAUACUGUGACUGUACUGACACAUUUUGUAAACAACCCAAAUAAUUCAAUAAACAUUGAGCUGUUAUUUAAUUUUAA